AUGUAUCUAUAUUCGAAUAAAUUAAUUCGAAACAGAAAUGUCAUCGCAAAUUCUUAUACCAUUUUAGUUCAUCGCAAUUGUUUUUAUCAUUCUGUUUCAUUUAACAACUAUGUAACAUUAUUUAAACCUUUGUAUCAUAAAUCAAAUAAUAUUUAUAAAAAAUUUCAUAAACGAGGUUACUACUCAUUGUCUAAUGAAGAAAAUCGCAAUUCUGGCUCAAUCUCUGAUCCCCUGAACCGUAGGAUUAGUAAUAAUGGAAAUCUUCCUUCACAAAAUAACAAUUAUCAAAUUAAAGAUCAAGCAAAUGACUUAGAAGGCGAAUUGAAUCAAAAGAAUCAAGACAGUUACCUUAAAAACUUAGCUGAGAAACAAGAUUUUGUAGAGAAUGAACAACUGGAGAAUUGUGUGUUGAAAAAUCUUAGAAAUGAAGGAUUCAAAGAUAUGGACGAAUACAUGUUUGAGAAAAUCGAUAAGAGGAUUCUUAAGGAUUUAGAUCUCCUUAGUGUUUCUGACAUCAGUAAUCUGCUACAACUAACGUUGAAGAAUUAUUAUAGCCAGAAUCUGAUCGAGGCGUUGAUUUUGAAGUUACAACAGUCUAAACCAACUGAGUUACACGUAGGAACUCUGGCACUGCUAAUACAAAAUUUAGGCAGAAUUCAGCCGGCAGAUUUCCAGUUGGAAAAAUUGAGUGAUUUUUUUGACAAAACAUGCGAACAACUGCUUAAACUAGAUAAUGUGUCAGAAUCGCACUUCUCUUCAAUCAUAUAUGGAUUCCAGAGACUACAUUAUGUAAACUAUGAAUUCCUCUCAAAAGUAGUUAAAAGAUAUAAAAAAGAUAACAACUUCAAUGUCAACUCGAUAACAAUCUCACUCAGCUCAAUGGUGAAGCUGAACUAUUUCAACAUUGAUUUGAUACUGCACAUAUAUCGAAUAAUUAGUAAGUCACUAUCACACAUGACACUCCAAACUACAAUACAGUUAUUAAACACAAUAUCAAAAAUACAUGACACAAUAUCAAAAAAUCAAGAAAAUAAAGUUGAAAUAGAAGAAAAGGCCCAUAAAGAAGAAGAUUCUGAUAAUUUAUGUAAAUUAGAAACUGAAGAUGAAUGUAAUGAAGAUCGAGAUACAAACAUGUACAUAGUGUCUGCAGAAAACAAGAAUAAAGUGUACAAAUACAAUUAUAAACUGGUUAAUUAUAUACUGAAAAUCAUCUGUAACAGUUACUUGGACCAGUUGAAUGUGGUUCAAAUAAGUAUAAUACUAAACACAAUGAACAAGUUAAACUUUAGAAAAGUAACAUAUUUGUCAAAACUAGUUAAUACAAUACCAAAUAAUAGUACACGGGAUGAAUUGGUGGCGGAAAAGAAACCAAAAAAUUUAUAUGCCUUCAAUAAUCUGCCAAAACCGCCAUUUAAUCAUGAACAAACAUGUAAGAAACUACAAGCUGUAGAGCCAAAUAAUUUAAUACUUAUUUGUGACGCAAUUACAGGUUUAGAGUACUACACAGAAUAUAGCCUGAAUAUACUCUUUAUAAUAAAGGACAUAGUUAACCCAAUACUACAUGAAUUAAAGUCUAGCAAUAUAAUUACAUACCUACUCUCAUUCACAAAUAUCUGCUUUAAUAAUUAUCAGUUGAGCGAAUGUAAGUUAAACACAAGUAAAAGUAAAAGAAUACCAACAAGUGAAGUUAAAGCUAUACUGAAGUUGUUAAACUACUAUGAAAACUAUGAUAAUAAUUGGUAUAAUAAGGAAAAUGCAAUCGAGUGUGAACAAGAAAAUAUUUUAAACCAAGUGAAAAGUAGAUUAAACAGAAGUUAUUGGAAGGAAGAGUUGAUUUUAAAUUGUAUGGAAAACCUAUUACGUCAUGUAACAUACGUAAAAUCGUCACCGAGCCUUUUGAGAAAAUUCAAGUUUUUCUACACACUACUGAUGAAUAACAUAUAUCUGCCUAUAUUCCCAAUUUACUACAAGUUAGAAAAUAAAAUAAAUUCUCCACAAAAUUGUAUAAAGAACAUAGAGUCAAAUGAUACAAUACCGAUGGUAGUACCAGAGAAUCUAAUAGAAAUCUUCAAUGAGCUAUAUGAUUCAGAAGAAGUCGAAGAAGAAUAUAUGGAAUUUAAUAAUAAUAAAAUGUAUAUAGAUAAACAAAUAAAUUGUUUUAAAAUAGAUAUAGUAAUUGUAAAAGAUGUUUAA